AUGGAAGAUAAAGCCACUAAAGAAGUUGUUUUAGACAAAAGGCAGCAAGCAAUUCUUGAUAAGUUCAGUCCACUGAACCCAGAGAGACUUGACGCAUCGCAUGUUUCACUGGGAUGCAAACAGGAGGUCUUCGAUGUCCGGGACUGUGUCGUAUACAAACUGCCCAACAUGAAUUCAUGGCUCAUAUUUGGCCACGUACAGAAGUCGAUGUCCUAUGAACAGAUCCAAGAGAUGAUUGGAAAGCACCUGGGAGAAGCACCAAAAGUGGAAGAGGAGCCAGCGACAGAGGAAGUGAAAGAAGAAAGCGGAUCCAAAAUAAACGAGGUUGAUGUUGAUUUGAUCAUGGAGCAAAUGAAGUGCAACAGAGAGGAGGCCGUCAAGGCAUUGGAAGAAAACAACUACAAUUUGGUAUCAGCUAUGAUUGCUAUGCAGAAAUGA